GCAGAGCGCGCCUUGCAAGCACAAGCGCGUGCACUCAAGCGAAGUCGGGGAAGAAGUCCGAGCGGUGCUGAGGCGCGUCACAUGUACAAGCAGGAACGAAGUGCAUGCAGAACUGCGUCUAGUAUAGUACCACUGAAAACUACACAGACGAGUAAAGCAUCUCUGUUCUUACGCUGACGGGGGGAACUUACUGGACUGCAGGCCUGUUUAUGUGCUCAAAUUUUAUGAAGACUUAGUCAUCAUCAAUGAGGACACUGAGCAUGGCUGUGUUCAAGCAACAGAAAGUGGAGGAUUUUUAUGAAAAUGGAGAGGAGCUUGGAAGUGGGCAGUUUGCUAUAGUAAAGCGAUGUAAAGAGAAGAGUACAGGUGUAGAGUAUGCAGCAAAGUUCAUCAAAAAGCGCCAAAGCAGAGCAAGCAGAAGAGGAGUACGGCGAGAAGAAAUCGAAAGGGAGGUGAACAUUCUACAGCAACUCCAGCACCCCAACAUCAUCUCACUGCAUGAUGUCUAUGAGAACCGCACCGACGUGGUGCUCAUCCUGGAACUGGUAUCUGGAGGAGAGCUCUUUGACUUCCUGGCCCAAAAGGAAUCCCUGAGUGAGGAAGAGGCCACUGAGUUUCUUAAACAGAUUCUUGAUGGGGUCCACUACCUGCACUCCAAGAAAAUAGCACAUUUUGAUUUAAAGCCUGAGAAUAUUAUGCUGCUAGACAAAAAUGUCCCACUGCCACGGAUCAAAAUUAUUGACUUUGGCUUGGCACAUAAAAUUGAAGAUGGGGUCGAAUUCAAAAAUAUUUUUGGGACACCAGAAUUUGUGGCUCCAGAAAUAGUCAACUAUGAGCCUCUGGGAUUACCAGCAGACAUGUGGAGUAUCGGUGUCAUCACAUACAUCUUACUGAGCGGUGCUUCCCCAUUUCUGGGCGAGUCUAAACAAGAGACAAUGGCAAACAUUUCUGCUGUGAGCUAUGAAUUUGAUGAGGAAUUCUUCAGCAGCACUAGCGAGCUGGCUAAGAGCUUCAUUAGACAGCUUUUGACUAAAGACACAAGAAAGAGGCUCACCAUAGAAGGUGCUCUCAACCACCCAUGGAUUAAGCCUAAGGACUCUAGACAAGCUUUGGUGCGCAGACUGUCUGUGGUCAACAUUGAGAAUUUUAGAAAACAGUACGCUCGCCGCAGGUGGAAGUUCUCCUUCAGGAUUGUAGCUCUGUGUAACCAUUUGACACGCAUGAUGAAGAAACCACGUGACAGUCCAAAACAGGUCCAAGAUGAGGUUUUUGUAAGGGACUGUGAGAGCGACCAGGAGGAGGAAGUAUUACAAAGGAGACCCAGGACCAGGAUGAGGAGCAGCACCUCCUGAAGCUCCACAGGUUCCUCCAGCACAGAACAACACAUUUGCAGUAGGCAAUAAGGCACCAGUCUCAAAUACACACUGAUGUGAAAGGGCCAGGAUGUGUCUUUUACAGAUGUCUACGUUUCCUUAAAGAAAGAGGAACUGAGCCAUGGUUAGUGUACAUAUGCCUUGGACACAUUAAAACAUACACUGAUGUAGAAUGAUUCAGUGAGUGCCAAUACUGUGAUAUUAAAAUAGUGUGUUUUUAAAGCUGUGCAAUCAGUUGAUUAAUGUAAGGGGAUAAGUUAGAUUUUUACAUGUGCUUAUAAAGCCUGUGAGUGCAACAUUAACAUGAAAAUUUCUUAAAGGGUCUUCAGUUCUCUGAAAUUUUCCCUUUUUUAAGUGCUAUAACCUUCCAGUCUCCUGUUUUACAUGAUCCUGUUGUCUUAAUGUGCCAUGAUAUUUUGCAUAUGUGCUGUUUUAAGCCACAGCUGUUGUCCUGUAACCUAGUAGUAAAGCUAAUUAAUAUUUCUAAUACCAAUUAUUUGUAUACAAAUGUAAUGCACAUGUUUGUAUCAUGUAUGUAUGAAUGUACAUAUAAAUUAAUCCUGAUGUAAGCUGGUGAGGUGACAGUCAGCUACAAGUGGGAAUAUUUUCUAAUACAUUUUAAAAUUACAUUUUAAAGUUAAAGGUCAAUGAACAAGAUUUGUCAGCCGUGAUUUGUGAUGUUUAAUAGUUUAUAUAGACUUGAAUUGUCUUAUAUUGAAUUGCUUUAAUGAAAAUGUUAUCCAUACUUUUGUAAUCAGGGCAAAAUUUGCUACCUCAGAACACACUUUGAGGAAAAAUGGCCACACUGGUAUAGACUUAUAGGGUAAUUCUGAAUCUGCCUUUCAAUCAUCUAGUUGUACUGAAAAAAGGUUGCCUCCACCCUUUACAAGUGCAGUAAAGCUGGUGAACUGACGUAAUCUUUGUUGUUGUAACACCUGUUGUUUUUCCAUAAAGUAUAUUACACAUGCUGCAUAAAUGCUUGUUGCUUAAACACGCUGAUAUUCUGGGUAUGAGGUGCUAUAUUGUGUUUUCAUUGAUGAAGUGUAAUAUCUAAAGAAAGAGAAGGUUCCUCCAGUCUUCAUUCAACAAAAACAAGCAAACUCAUAAACUGCUUUAUCAGUACAGUAUCUCCCUGAUAUGACCUGGGAUUGGUGCUGUGUUUUUGCACUGUGUUAGGCAAGCAUAACUGAUUGCAUUUUAAAGACCGUUAUAUUCUUAGCAUACAUGGUCAAGCCUCAAACAUAUUUAAUUUCUUUGAACUUAAGCUGUUUAAAAUUCUGGUGGGGUUGUUUCAGUGUGUUUCUAGGUUUAGCUAUGCCAGUUCAUUUUGCAAGUAGUGUGUGUAAAGUAAAAACUAGUCUAGGACUAUUUCCCAAUCUAAAAUGCCACUAUUUUGUAAAAAAGAGACCAAUAAAUGUGUAAUAUAUUUAUUA